AUGACAAAUACAGCUAAUGAAAUUCAUCCAACAGCAAAAGGAUAUCAUAAUGUAGAGACUACAAAUAACUAUUUAAAAGGAAGACCUACUCUUCCUUUGGAAACAAUCGACUACAUUAGAAACAACAUUAAAUUGACUGCAGACUCAAAGAUUCUUGAUUUAGCAGCUGGUACUGGGAAGUUCACUCAGUUACUUGCAGACCACGGUGGUUUCAACGAUAUCAUUGCAGUAGAGCCAAGUCCAGAGUUUAGAGAUGCAUGCACUCAAGUACUUACCGCUAUUCAAAAGGAACAACCAAAUAGAUCGGAUUUGAAGUUCCAAGUGUUGGAUGGUACUGCUACUUCGAUACCAAUGCCAGACGAAUCUGUAGAUGCCUUGUUUGUUUCGCAAGCAUUCCAUUGGUUCUCCAAUGAAGAGUCACUGCGUGAGAUGAUCAGAGUUCUCAAGAGAGGUGCUCCACUCAUUCUUGUGUGGUGUGAUAUGGAUGUUUCCAAUCCAAUAGUUAGAGAUGCUGCUGCUAUCUUCCAUGAGAAGUACUACGAUGGUGUAACACCACAGUUCCGUUCUUACAAAUGGAAGUCGGCAUUCGAGAAUGAAUCGCUUUCAAACAUAAUCGACACCGAUCUACAUUUGGAAAGAUUCAGAUUCGACCAAAAGUAUACUCGUGAUACUCUCAUAAACAGAAUACUCUCAGUUUCUUACGUCUCUUUGUUCUCUGAUGAGAAAAAGAAACAAUUGAUAGCAGAAGUAGAUGAAGCACUUGCCAAACAUCCAGAAACAAUCAAUUCAUCUUUUAACUACCCAUAUAACGUAGAACUCUACUAUACUUUUAAAAAAUAA